AUGUCUCGUCAUAUGCUUGCCCCAGGACGUGACAGCCCCGGGCCCUCUGGAUCACCUCAUUUACGGGCGGACGAAGACGCGAACGUGGACGGCCGUGGCACAGGGUCCCUCUCGCCCGUCGAAUCCUUGAUUCGCCUCAGUGCUUCCUCAGUCACUCGCGCAGGCCUGCAACAGCCGAGGAGCUUCGUCUCGACCAGCAUCAAGUCGUUGAGGCCCCACCCCGCUCUGCUGCCCCACACGCAGGACCAUAUCCGGGACAACACCAUGCAGAUAUCCAAUAUGCCUCUUCAGACGCCGAACACACUCUCCCCGCGCUCGCAGGAUUCGUUCAUCUUCCCCAACGCGGUCGAAUCCGAGGACGACGCCGAGGCGCACCUCCCGCUCCAGCUGUCGUCCAUGUCCGUGCCCUCCGUUCAGUCCAUACGCUCCGACGGCGCUACCGAUCUCUCCGCGUCCGCGACGUCCGUCUCAUCCCUUCGCUCGGGCAAUUUGACUCCCAAAGGAUAUCCUGGGUCGGUGCACCACCCGUCCGCACUGACCCUGCUGAUGGCACGCCAGACUCAGGAUGGCGAGCCGCCCUCGCUCGCGAGCUCGUCCAUUCCGACGCCUACCGCGGAACUACCCAAUCCAACUCCGACGUUUCAUGUUCACCCCGCCACGCCAAUUGUUGAAGCUACGCCGUACGUGCAUGCCAUACCGCAUCGGUCACCGAGUACCAGCAGUGUCUCGAGCGAAGCUUCUGAAACGGCGCCGCUCCUCCCAGACGUGGAAGCUGCACAGCCGAUGUACAAUGGCAACGGCCACCCUCACGAAGAUCGUAAGUCACGUCAUCUUCUUGAUGCUCUCCGAGAGGGCAGUUGGCGCAAGGUUGCAUUCUCGACUAUGCGCGACUUCGGCGCGACUGCGGUCAGGUCGCUCCCUGCGGUCGUCCUCGGGACAUUGCUCAAUAUCCUUGACGGUAUUUCAUAUGGGAUGAUCACUUUCCCUGCUACGGGAGUGUUCUCAAACCUUGGUGGGGCCGGCGUGUCCAUGUUCUUCGUAACCGCGAUUAUUUCACAAUUGAUUUAUUCUGCGGGAGGCAGCGGUUUUGCCGGUGCCAAUGGCAGUAUGAUGAUUGAAGUCGUGCCCUUCUUCCACAUAUUGGCCAACAGCAUAGCUGAGUACGUUGGGGAAGACAAACCACGCGAGAUCAUUGCGACGACCGUCGUCGCAUUCGCAUUCUCGUCUAUAAUAACUGGGCUUACAUUCUUCCUAUUGGGCGCGCUGAGGAUGGGCUCUCUGAUUGGCUUUUUCCCUCGCCAUAUUCUCGUCGGAUGCAUCGGUGGUGUCGGUGUGUUUCUGAUACUCACAGGUUUGACCGUCAGCACGCGCAUGGCGGACGACGACUUUGCGCUCGACUUUGCUACUUUCAAGUACCUCUUCCUCAACGCGCACAACUUGGCACUGUGGGCGCCCGCUUUCGGCCUCGCCGUGCUCCUGCGCGUCAUUACUCACAAGUAUGAGCACCAGCUCAUCUUCCCUAUCUAUUUCUUGAUUAUUCCUAUUGUAUUCUAUGUCGUCGUCGCCGCUGCGCACCUCGAUGUUGGAACGCUCCGGAGUGACGGGUGGUUGUUUGAUAUGGGGACGAAUCCUGAACCGUGGUAUCAUUUCUACUCGUUCUAUGAUUUUAGCGCGACUCAUUGGAGAGCCUUGUGGAAAACCCUUCCUACACAAUUUGCUUUAUUGUUUUUCAACAUUUUGCAUCCUCCUUUGAACGUCCCUGCGCUGGCGGUAUCUUUGAACCACGAUGUCAAGACGGAUAAGGAGCUCGUGGCACAUGGAUAUUCGAAUCUUAUCGCUGGAGCACUGGGCACUGUACCGAAUUACUUGGUCUACGUAAAUACAUUGCUAUUCUAUCGGGUCGGCGGUGAUACACGCACGGCGGGCUUCAUGCUGGCGGGAGCAACAACCCUUUUACUCCUCAUUGGUACCGCGCCGAUUGCAUACAUCCCGGUGAUGGUCGUGGGAGCUUUGAUUUUUGUCUUAGGUAUUGAUCUCGUGAAGGAGGCACUCUGGGACACCCGACAUCGUGUCAACAGGGCGGAGUAUAUCACGAUCGCGAGCAUCAUGAUUUGCAUGACGGUGUGGGACUUUGUUAUCGGCGUCCUCUUCGGCAUCGUCGUCUGCUGCUUCUUUUUCGUCGUACAGAGCUCUAGGCGGAGAAGCAUCCGUGCGCUGCAUACAGGCGAAACGGCCAUGUCGACGGUGCGGAGACCGAGCGCCCAUCGGGCCUAUCUCCGAGAGGUUUCGAAGCAGACGACCAUCUUGAGGCUGCAAGGUUUCCUGUUCUUUGGUACCAUUACGAACGUGGAAGAAACAAUCCGGACACUCGUAGAGGGCCCAACCUGGCAGCACAACCCGACGCGCUUCCUUAUCCUCGAUCUGUCUCUCGUUGCAGGUGUGGACAUGUCCGCGGCGGAGGCAUUCGUAAGGGUGCAGCGCCUACUGUCAACAAAGCGGGUCGUCUUAGUGUUCUGCGGCUUCUCUGUGGAGUCGCCCGUGGGGAUAGCACUGCAAAAUGUGGGGUUACUGGAGAUGGAUGGCGUGGAGCUGUUCUCGACAUUCAAUGACGCGCUGGAGUGGACGGAGAACGUCUAUCUGAGGGCGUGGUUUGCCUCUCAGAAAGCCGAUGUGCCAAUACUUGCGCUGCCAGGUCGUCAGGUGGAUAUGGUAGCAUUCCAAGAAACUCUAUCGACUACUCCAAGAAAAUCUCAUAUCCUCGAAGCUGGCUGGCGCACUAUUGCCCGUGAUCACUCACCUCCACAAGACCAGAUCUCGGCAGCUACAGAACCGUACAAUACGCUGGUGAAGGUAUUUUCGUCAUACGGGCCUGUCGACCCGGAACGAUUCGCGCCACUGUCACCGUACCUAGAGCGCGUCUGCGUUCCAGAGGGAACCGUCCUCUGGAAUCAGGGGGACGAACCAGACGGACUUUAUGUCGUCGAGUCCGGUAUCUUGCGGGCGAUGUACCGCUUCAACGAACACACUUUACCCAUGGAGGAGUCGAUGGUUCCCGGAACGCUAGCCGGAGAACUCUCGACACUGUCAGGGCUGUCUCGCAAUGCGACAUGCGUCGUGGAACGGCAGUCAGUACUGUGGAAGCUCAGUGUCGAGAGUUUGCGCCGGUUGGAGAACGAACAGCCGAAAUUGGCGAGAGAAUUCACGAGGCUGGUUCUCAAAGCGGCGAAAUUGGAUUAUGAUAUCCUCAUUUCAGCACUGGCAGCCCGACAAUGA